AUCACCCAACCGCCUAUAGCCUAAACUCCGGGAAUUGGAGCGAAACUAGUGUUUCGCCGGCGAGGAUCAAGAUGGUGGAGAGGAGAAAGCCUUUAAUACUUUCGGCUACGAGAGCUCACCUCUCCUCCAUUCUCAACGAUCAUCCAAUUCAACUCCCGUCUUCCUCUUCCCUAAACCAUACCAGUGUACUGUUGCGAGCUGGAAUUCUUCAAUUUCACGAGGAAAGAAAUGGAAUUCCACCCCUGAAGUCAGUUCCAUCCAUCGACUACUCUUCUAUGGUCGGCCUUUCCACUUCUUCUCUCAAAAGACUCUCCAUUACCUCCGGCUCCGUGGUACUUGUCAAGAAUGUUGACACAAAUGGACAAAGAAUUGGACAAGUGAUGGCCCUUGAUCCUCCCCGUACUGAUAAGACAUUGCCCAAUUGCACAUCGCUUUCCUCACAAUCUUCUCAGGCGGUGAUUGUCCUGCCAUCACAUAUUUAUGGGAAUGUUUACUCCCCUGACACUGAUAGGGGAACUGCUUAUUUAUCUCCAGUUCUGGCAUUUAACCUUAAUUUUCAUGUCUCGUGCUUGAAAUCCACUAUUUCGUCUCAUUUGUUUGACAUCGAUGCGGAAGAAAGUGGAGAUAGUAGUGCAGUAGUUAGUGUGGAAAUUGAACCAUUGGAUAAGUUACCAAAGUACGCUACACAUCUUAGGGUGUCGUUUGUUAAAAUACCCGAAUGUGGUAUGCUUGAGUCUCUUAGAAGAACUUCGUUUGUUGAAGCAGAAGAUCGUCAAGAGUUGAUUGAUUUGGCAUUGAAUCAGUACUUCACAGUUGAUAGAUUUCUUACAAGAAAUGAUCUUUUUAGUGUUAGCAUUAAUUGGAAUUGCAAGUCAGCUUUGUGUGUUGCUUGCACCCAGAAACCUGAAAGUGGUGCUUCUGACAUCAUAUACUUCAAGGUUGUGGACAUGCAACCAUCAGAAGAACUGGUUCUGAGAGCCAACCGUGUUCAGACUGCACUCGUGCUAGGAGGGAGUGCUCCCUCCGCUAUCCCUCCGUAUUUUUUAUUUCCUGAUCCACAAUGUAUGUUACCUUUGCAACUAGAAACAGUGAAAACUUUGACCUCCAUCCUUAUGCCGACAUUAUGUCCAUCACCACUCUCUUCAAAAUUCAGGGUUGCUGUCCUUAUCUCUGGUUUGCCUGGAAUUGGGAAGACUACUGUGGUUAAAUUUGUAGCUCGUCUGUUAGGCCUGCAUUUGGUGGAGUAUAAUUGUCAUAAUCUGUUUGCAUCCUCUGAAGGAAAGAUAUCUGCUGUCCUGGCUCAAGCUUUCAACACAGCUCAGAGUUACUCUCCAACAAUUCUUCUUUUACGUCAUUUUGAUGCCCUUCGUGAUCUGGUUUCUCUUGAGGGUUCACCGCAUGAGAAACAUGGAGUCCAUUUAGAAUUUGCAUCUAUCAUAAGGAAAUUCACUGGGCCGGGUGAUGAAGAUCUCCACUUUGAAGAAAGCUCAAACAAUCUUGAAAUUGAGCAAGGAGAGGCAGGCCAUAGAAUAGGUGGCCAUCGAGUGCUGUUUAUUGCAGCUGCCAAUACUUCUGAGGGUCUUCCACCAACUAUUAGGCGAUGUUUCAGCCAUGAAAUCAGUAUGGGACCUUUGACUGAGGAACAUAGGAAGGAAAUGGUGUCCAAGUAUCUUGAACACCUCACUGCAAUGCUCCCAAAUACUUCUACAGAGGACUUGAUAAAAGAUAUAGUUGGACAGACAUCUGGUUUUAUGCCAAGUGAUUUGCGUGCUUUAAUUGCUGAUGCUAUUGUGAAUAUGAUAUCUACACAAAAUGUUAAUAAUGGAAAAAGUGAGUUAGAAGAUCUGAAUGAAGACAUUUCUCCGGUUAUAAAGCCAGUUGAGAAUAAUGGAUUGGUUAGUCCAUCUCAAGUUUUAAGCAAAGAUGAUAUAAUGAAAUCAAUGGAACGAUCAAAGAAAAGGAGUGCCUUGGCUUUGGGAGCUCCAAAGAUUCCUAAUGUGAAAUGGGAAGAUGUUGGUGGGCUUGAGGAUGUGAAAAGAUCUAUUAUGGACACUGUGCAGUUGCCUCUAUUACAUAAAAAUUUGUUUUCAUCUGGAUUACGCAAGCGAUCUGGGGUUCUUCUUUAUGGUCCUCCCGGUACAGGGAAAACAUUACUAGCAAAAGCAGUUGCCACUGAAUGCUCCCUGAAUUUUCUGAGCGUAAAAGGGCCUGAGUUAAUUAACAUGUACAUUGGAGAAUCUGAGAAAAAUAUUCGUGACAUUUUUCAAAAGGCCAGAUCAGCUCGCCCAUGUGUCAUAUUCUUUGACGAACUUGACUCUCUUGCUCCCGCUAGGGGUGCUUCUGGAGAUUCUGGAGGAGUAAUGGAUCGCGUGGUUUCUCAGAUGCUUGCUGAGAUCGAUGGUCUGAAUGAUUCUACUCAGGACCUGUUCAUUAUAGGGGCCAGCAACAGGCCAGAUCUUAUUGACCCUGCUCUUUUGAGGCCGGGCCGGUUUGAUAAGCUCUUAUAUGUGGGAGUUAACUCUGAAGCAUCUUACAGAGAGAGGGUUCUUAAAGCGCUGACUCGCAAGUUUAAGAUGAGUGAGGAUGUUUCUUUACUCUCGAUAGCAGAGAAAUGCCCUCCGAAUUUUACAGGUGCUGACAUGUAUGCCCUUUGUGCUGAUGCUUGGUUUCAUGCUGCAAAGCGCAAGGCAUUAGCUACAUGUACGGAAGAUUCCACUGGUCCAAGUGAUGCUCCAGACUCUAUCACAGUUGAGUAUGAUGAUUUUGUGAAGGUCUUAUCAGAUCUGUGUCCCUCAUUGUCAAUGGCUGAGCUCAAGAAAUAUGAGGCAUUGCGAGAACAGUUUGAAGGACCCUCCAAAUCAAAUUGAUUGCUAUACGGAAAGGUGGAAAUGGCCAAGUUAUUUUUUACAGUAUUAUUUUUGUUCAAUUUAUUUUUUAUUUUUUCCCUGUUAUUCACAACCAAACAACCAACAGUUAUACACAUUUGGAGGGGAAUUUACAAAAAGCCAAAAUUUAUGUUUCUUCAGCAUUUCCAUUUUCGGUCAUGUGCCAGAUAUCGAUAUAUUGAAUAAAUCGAUAUUACCAUC